AUGCCGCCACAGGAGGGGUGCUGGGACUCUGCCGACAACUGGCAUGUGACACAAACAUGUAAUGUGAGCCCUCAACCACUAGAUGCCGCCACAGGAGAGAUGCCGCCACAGGAGAGGUGCUGGGACUCUGCCGACAACUGGCAUGUGACACAAACAUGUAAUGUGAAACCUCAACCACUAGAUGCCGCCACAGGAGGGGUGCUGGGACUCUGCCGACAACUGAUGCCGCCACAGGAGAGGUGCUGGGACUCUGCCGACAACUGGCAUGUGACACAAACAUGUAAUGUGAGCCCUCAACCACUAGAUGCCGCCACAGGAGAGAUGCCGCCACAGGAGAGGUGCUGGGACUCUGCCGACAACUGGCAUGUGACACAAACAUGUAAUGUGAGCCCUCAACCACUAGAUGCCGCCACAGGAGAGAUGCCGCCACAGGAGAGGUGCUGGGACUCUGCCGACAACUGGCAUGUGACACAAACAUGUAAUGUGAGCCCUCAACCACUAGAUGCCGCCACAGGAGAGUUUCUGGAGCGGAAACGCCAACAGCCGUGUGCACGCGCAUGCGCACUUCAGUUCCGGACGCGUCGGUUUUGUUUUGGUCAGCGACAGACAGCGUCCGCUCACCGCCGCCGAAAGUCCGCCAAAGACGGCUUUCACCCUCAACCUGCUCCCGGCGGGUCCACCAUGGAGGCCGAGAGGCAGCCGCUCCUCGUCCCGUCCCACGCCGACCGGGCCAGAGGGCCGCCGGUCAUCAGCCGAGUGUUCGGCCGCAGAUGGCUGGUCCUGGCACUCUUCUCCGCGCUGGCCCUCCUGCAGGGGAUGGUGUGGAACUUCUGGGGGCCCAUCCAGAACUCCGCCGUCCGGGCCUUCGGCUUCUCCAAGUCCGACAUCGCCGUGUUGGUGCUGUGGGGUCCAGUGGGCUUCGUCCCCUGGCUGCUCUUCAUGUGGCUCAUGGACAAAAGAGGUCUGCGUGCGUCGCUCCUCUUGUCGGCCUUCUUCAUGCUGCUGGGGGCGGUCCUACGCAGCAUCCCGCUGUCAGACCCGCCCCUCCGUCGCUGGUUCAUCCACGGAGGUCAACUUCUCAACGGUCUGGCCGGCCCCACCAUCAUGUGUGCCGGGCCCUUCCUGUCCACCACCUGGUUCGCCCCUGACCAGAGGGCCACCGCCACCGCCGUGGCCUCGCUCUUCUCUUACUUGGGCGGGGCCGUGGCCUACGUGGCGGGGCCUCUGGUGGUACCCGCCCCCAACGGUACCACGGCCAUGACGGGGUCGGCGUGGGAGCAGUCCAUGCAGGACAAGAUCCAGCUGCUUCUGUAUGCAGAGCUGGCGGCCAUCGCAGUGCUGUUUGCCGCCGUCCUCCUCUACUUCCCCUCGCGGCCGCCCUUGCCCCCGAGCGUGGCCGCUGCCAGCCAGAGACUGAGCUACAGGAGCAGCAUGUGCAGACUGCUCAGUAACCUGCGCUUUGUCAUGAUCGCCUUGGCCUACGCUGUCCCCACUGGUGUCAUUGCAGGCUGGGAGGGAGUCCUUGACAUGGUCCUGACACCUGCCAGAGUCAGCCAGGUGGACGCAGGCUGGAUCGGGUUCUGGUCCAUGGUGGGGGGCUGUGUGUUCGGGGUGGCCAUGGCCAGGUUUGCAGACUCCAUCAGAGGAAUGUUGAAAGUGAUCCUGGUUCUCAUGCUGGCUGGAGCUUCUCUGUCCUCCACCUGGUUCACACUCACCUGUCUCAGCAGCUACACUCACCUGCCCUCCACUGCAGGUACACCUCUCUUACACACCUGUCUUACACACCUGUCUUACACACCUGUCUGAGACUCCUCUUACACA